UUUUCGUUCACCAACAGUUAUUAUGCCUCACAAGCAACAAUUUGAAGUUAUAAUUUAAUAUUCCAAAAAUAGAAGUUCCAUCGCUUGAAAGCCAAUACAAAUGUAACAUAAGGUUGCUUAAGGCAAAUCCAAAAGGAAAAGCAAUUCCCACCUUAAAAACUAUAAAGCUCAUGAUCCUCAAUGAAUAAACCAAUAGUCUUCAACCUUAUUAUCCAUAUAAAGUUCUUUUGAAAAACUUGCUUAGAGAAUUCAUAUAAUUAAAAUGGAAGAAAAGAACAAGAGGCUAGCGGUUUUAGUAGGGUGCAAUUACCCUAACACCCCCAAUGAACUGCAUGGUUGCAUAAAUGAUGUGUUGGCUAUGAAGGACAUGUUGGUAAAACGUUUUGGUUUUGAUCAUGAAAAUAUUGAGCUUCUAAUUGAUGAACCUAACACUUCUUCAUCAACUAUGCCAACUGGUGCUAACAUUAAGAAAGCAUUAGGUAGCAUGAUUGAUCGAGCUGAAGCAGGGGAUGUGCUUUAUUUUCAUUAUAGUGGGCAUGGAACUAGGAUUCCUUCCAUGAAAUAUGGACAUCCUUUUCGACAUGAAGAAGCUAUUGUGCCUUGUGACUUCAAUCUUAUCACUGAUUUGGACUUUCGGCAACUAGUGAAUCGGCUUCCAAAGGGAACAAGCCUAACAAUUCUGUCAGACUCAUGCCAUAGUGGUGGCCUAAUUGACAAAGAAAAGGAACAAAUUGGACCAAACUCAUUGGAAGACAAAAAUGCUACAUUGAAACAAAUUCAUAUUACACCAAAGACUAUUCCUUAUGAGUCAAUACUUCAACACCUCUCAUCAUUAACAAACAUAAACACAACAGACAUUGGAACUCAUUUGCUUGAGUUCUUUGGCUCUGAAGCUAGCUUGCGGUUUCGGCUACCGUUACUUGAUCUUGAUUUGUUCCAACCAUUGAAACAUGAUGAAGGGAUUCUUUUGAGUGGUUGUCAAGCUGAUGAGACUUCUGCUGAUAUGAGACCAAAUAAUAUGAAUGGUGCAAAUGGAAAAGCUUAUGGUGCAUUUAGCAAUGCUGUUGAGAUGGUGUUGAAGGAUAAUAUUGGUCAAUUGAGUAAUAGAGAGGUUGUGAUGAAGGCUAGAGAUGUUUUACAAGGACAAGGAUUUGUGCAACAACAUCCUUGUCUUUAUUGUAGUGAUGAGAAUGCUGAUGCUAUCUUCUUGUUGCAAUGUUAGAACUAUGAUUUAUGAAAUGUUUGUAUGUAUGCAGAAUUUGAUGUGUGAAAUGAAGUUAAAUGUUUGAGGCAUCACUUGUGUAUCAUUAUGUUGUUCAUAAUUGUAUUGUUGUAUGAAUUUUAUAUGAAAUAAUAAAUGGAAAGAACACUUGAUUGUUUGAUACAAA